GUGUAGUCUAAAGAAGCUUUACUUUAAGAUUUUGUUAGGUGAAAUUUGACGACCUCUUAUUUGAAGCAUUGACAAAAUUUGAGUUAAGUUUAAUAGUUUUUUUUACUCCCUAAAACAAGAGGUCAGACCAUCCAAACCUAGGUAGUUGAACUUAAAAUCUGAAACAGUUGUUAACCAAAAAUAUGAGGAACCCAAAUCUUUUUAUCUGUCCACGGGAACAAGGAAACCUCUCGGUCUACGCAUCACGGCCUCAACACAAAACCUGCGAGUCGCCAUCGGGUCAUCUCAGGUCAUUGCCUGGACCAACCAGAAGAAAGAGAAGAAAGCAAACGAGGAAGUAAAAAAAGGUGGAUCUCAAUUGUUUUUAUCUGAGAUAUUUUCCAGCUCCCAUCCGCAGUUGGAGUUGAGCCGCGCAGGAUCAACGACGUCCGCAUUUAUUUCGCACCCAACUCAACUUCAUCAUCGGUCAAGAUUCGGACAUAAUUAUUUUCAAUAUUGUUGACGCUCUCAUUGCCAUAUCGACAGCCUUAAGAUGAAGCCGAAAUCCAUCUUAGUGACGUCAUGGAUGCUUGCGUUCUACCUGUGUGCCUUCCAAACAUUCGUCUCCGUUGCCCUUAGUGAAGAAACCGAUGUGAAACGAUAUACCUACGAGACGGGAAUUCCCAAACAGGAGGCAGCGAUUAAUGAAACGGACGUGAAUGCAGUUGAAAAUCCGGACCCAAACUCUUCUACAGAUCCAAAUUCUGCUACAGAUCCCGGCACAGACUCGGUUAUUACCAAUCCAGACCCAAAUUCGGUUAACAAUCAAGAGACAACCUCGGGUACAAAUCCAGAGACGAAUAAUUCUCCGCCAAUAGACAUCGGCAGCAACAUCUUGACGGGUAUCUCCAUCACAUCUGCUGUCCUAACAAUCCUGGAAGGAAUUGACCGACGAAUCUUGCCUCAGCCGACGACAGCGUUGGACAUUUUAGACAGCGUGAGGCGUUUGGAAGAUCUCAUUCGUCCCAACGACGAAGGCCAAUACAAGAAGGCAGAAGAUACUAUUUCGAGAGCUCUAUACGACAUGGGUGUCAUGAUGGCCGGAGUUGGGCGGCAAGGCACUAUCGAGUCCUCAGCGUUUCAGGAACUGUUGUGGCUGGAACGGGCGCGUCUCAUUGAUGGCAACAUUAUUUUACUCAUGGAAGGCUUACUUGGCCAACCAGUGGCCGGAGCUGAUAUCAUGGAAAAUAUUCAAAACGACUUGAAGUGUGACGCCAUGGAUGUUUCGGAAAAGGUGAGCAGAUAUAACGAUCUCAUCGAAAGUGGAUCGAUUGCCUUUAACCAUUUCGCUAAGCUAGGACAAAUGUCGGAACUGGAAACGGGUCGGAGAAGAGCUGCCUUCAGGCAACGGAAUCUGAGGGUUCAGGCUCGUAACGUAAAGGUGGUAGAAGAAUGUUUCCAGCGGCAAUUAAAUAAAGUCCCAAGCGAAUCCUCAACGUCCGAAGAAGUUGCCCUAAAUGUUGGACAAGCCAUGUCUGAACUUUAUCCAUUGCCGACACGGUGGAUCGUCGCUGCGUACGCGGACGAUGACGGAGUGUCUCGUGGCGCUGUCAAACCGAUGAAGUCUAAACUUUCUGCCGAUUUCAACGUCGUCAUCAACGGCUUUCGCGUGGCAUUGUUCCCGUUCUUGGAUGGCAAAAUGCCAAAAAUGAUUGACGGUCGCCGCGUGGAUCGGUUCUGCAACCUACCCGUGCAAGGCGCUGGACAAAUGCCAAUUUGUGACGUCGGCAGCACCGACGGAGAAUAUGUCUUCGAUGAAAUAAGACGACUCGGCAUCGUUCCUGAUCCUUUUGAUUUGAUUGUUGUCCCUUCCGGUGGCCAACUGAGCGUCACGACUGUUCCGUACGGUAGUUUACCGCCAUUUUUCGCUAAACAGUAUCCCGAUUUCGACAUUGUGGUGUUUUAAUUUAAACAUUUGAUUGAAUCCUGAAAUGUGUUGUUUAGCUAACUUAUUUUUUUGAAUUGUAAUCAACCUUCUGUCUUGUGAUGUAUUUUACCUAUAAAUUG